AUGGCGCAGAAACAGACUGACGCAGCGGCGCUGCAGGACGCCGCGCAUGCACCGCCUGCUGGUGCGGGUGCCUUGUCCAGAGACAGCAAUGGAUCGUCCCGGGCUCUCGAAGUCGUGCAGCGGAUCCGCAAGCGUUAUCACCAGGACGGCCACGUGGGGGACGACCCCGAGGGCGCGAAGGAGCUGCUACAGACCAUUGCCGCAUCUGCGCAGCGGUUGAGUGCUGACCUGUACGAGUCAGAUGUUCACUUUGUGCUGGAGCUGGUGCAGAACGCCGACGACUGCUACUAUGGCCCAGGCGUCCUCCCACGCAUGCAGCUGCACGUCUUCCACGACGGCAUCCUGGUGGCCACCAACGAGGAGGGGUUCACGGAGACCAACACCCGCGCCAUCUGCAACAUCGCCUGCAGCUCCAAGAGCCGGCGCGUGGGCGCGUUCACCGGAGAGAAAGGCAUCGGUUUCAAGGCCACCGCCGUCGUCUCCCAGGUCACGUACGUCUGCAGCCCCUACGCAACCAGCGAUGCGGCGGCUGGCGGCGCUCCACGUGACGGCAGCGAACCGGAGCGCGACGAGUGGCGCUUCUGCUUCGACAUGCGGCCCGGCGGCGCGGCCGGCUUUGACGUGGAGGGGCUGGGCAUGGUGUGCCCGAAGUGGGUGGUGGGCCUGCCGCAGCUGAUGGAGGGCUGGCUGCAGGAGAGGGCGCGCGGCGUCUCCGCGUCCGAGGUGCUGUCUGGCGCCACCACCCGCAUCUGGCUGGACUUCAAGCCGGACGUGGACUGCGCCGCCAUCACGGGCCAGCUGGCGCUGCUGGACCCCCUGAUGCUGCUCAACCUGCGCAAGCUCAGGUGCAUGGAGGUUUUUGUUCACCCCAACGAGCCUGGCGGCGCCGCGGCGCUGCAGCGCUUCUGCAAGGAGGAGGGCCCCGGCGGCAUCACCGCCAUCGCGGCCGAGAGGGGGCCAGUGGGAGGCGCCCUGGAUCAGGAGCGGCACAGGCUGCUGACUGUUCGCCAGCAACUGGAGGUGCCCGAGGACGUGCAGCUGAGCGCGCGCGACAAGAGGGACGGCGUGACAGCCGUGGAGCUGGUGUUUGCGCUGCCGCUGGGCGAGGGGGGCGCGGCGUCUGCUGAGGAGCCGGGCCAAUUUUUUGCCUUCCUGCCUGUCAGGAGCUACGGCUUCAGGUCUGGUGUGCUGGAGGGCAAGAAGUGGAACCAGUGGAUGAGGGACCAGAUUGCGCCCGCCUUCGUCGAGGCCGUGCUGCCCGCGCUCCGCGCUGCAGCUCCGCAGCUUCAGCGCAGCUUCCUCGCAUACCUGCCCUUGGCGAAAGAGGUUGACACCGACUUCAUGGCGGCGGCGGCCGACAAGAUAGCCGGCCUCAUGAGCGCCACAGAGUGCGUCCUUUCGGCCUCCGGCGCGUGUGAGCUGCUGUCGGAGGCUCUUGGGGGCGUGGAGUACCCGCAUCAGGACCUCCUGGCCUCUCGUCGCGUUGUGUCCGCGCUGCGGCGGCUCGACACCAAGCAGCUGGGCAGGCCGCACCUGACGGCCAUUCUGACGUCACCAGCCACGCGCCUGUGGCUGGAGGGGCUUGGCGCCGCCGAGCGCGCCGCAUGGCUGCGCGACCUGCUGGGCUGCCUGGCCGUGGCACCCGCGCUCGCUGACUGGCCCGCGCUCGCCGCGGCGCCACUGCUGGUCCUGCACGGCGGCGGCGGCAGCGACGACGGCGGCAGCGGCUGUCUGGUCAGCGCGCAGGAGCUGCGCGGGCGGCUGUUUGUGUGGGACGAGUCGCUCGGCACAGCCGACGAGUGCGCACCCCUGUUUUCCGGCGAGUACGCACGUUCCGGCGGCAAGGGGCCGCUGUUUGUGGCGCCUGAGUUGCUGGGUCCGGGCGUGGCUGAGCUGCUGCGAUGCCAGCUGGGCGUGAAUCCCAUCACGGCGGACGCGCUCGUGUAUGAGAUGAUCAGGCGUCAGGGCGGCGGCGGCGGCGGCGGGGACGGUGGCGAGGACGCCGCCGCGAGGCUGCGCAGGGUGCUGUUUGUCUUCAGGAAUCGCGGCAGGGUGUCUGCGGCAGCGCGCGCACACCUGAGCCAGCACCUGCAGCUGCGCGCCGAGCGCUCCGGCAGCGCUGACGGCGGCGCGGCGCUGUACACAAUGUGUGGACACCUGCGCCUGCGGCCCCAGGAUGAAGAGACAGCAGCUCUGAUGGAGGACCUGACCGCAGCAGGCGUCGCCUUUGUUCACAGCAGCUACCCCUCAGCUUCCGACGAGCCGGAGUUCGGCCUCUGGCUAGGCCACCUGGGGGUGCGCGCUCUGGCGUCGGACGAGGCGGCCGCGGCGCUGCUGCGCCGCUGGCGCGGGGGAGAGGGGUUGCGGCAGCAUCUGCGGCACGUGGCUUACCUGGCGGGCCGGCAGAUGAUGUUCUCAAAGUUCACCAACGAACUCCUGAAAAGCCACCUGCAGCUCUAUGAGGCGUGUGGCCCGGCAGCCGGAUUGGAGGAAGGAGAGGAGGAAGGGGAAAAUGAGGUGGACGGCAGCGGCGGCGCGCCGUCAGUGGCCGCGGGGCGCCUGCACUGGCCGCCGUCUGGGGCGGCCGCGACGUGCACGGGCAUCAAGGCUCAGCUGGAGAGGUGCUGCGGGGUCAGGUGGCUGCGCGGAUGCUAUCCGGAGAGCAGCCGCGCGCUUUUGAAUGCGACGGGCGUGAAACCCUGCGGCCCUGGACAGCCCGGGCAGCUGGCAUGGUGCGCCGAGCAGCUGGGCCAGCCCUUCGAGCAGCUUCUGCCCCAGCAGGUGGCGCUGCUCGCCGCGGCAGACUCCCUGCUGCCAAGCACCACCAAGGCCUGGUGCCGCGAGCGCAUGCUGCUGCUGUCCCUCGAUGGCCGCCUGCGGCUCGGCACCCAGCUGCGGCGGCUGCCCGCCGACCCGGCCGGGCGCGCUCUUGCCCCCGAGCUCGGUGCAGCUGCCGGAAACAGCGGCGGCUCGCCGCUGGAGUUUCUCCACAGCUGCUUUGAAGCGGACGGCGCGCCGAUGUGGGUGCUGCAGGCCACCCUCGGGGUGCGGACCACGGCAGCGCUGGACAUUGCGCGGCGCCUGGUAGAGCUCUACGAGGUUGGGAGCGCAGCGAUGUCCGAGGAAAGGCGCGUGGCGCACGUCGCCUACUUGGCGGAUCACGCGGCCGCGGCGCUCGGCGGCGGCGGCGAGGGCGACAAGCUGCUGGAGCGCGCGCGCCGCGCGCUGCUGCUGCCGGCAGGCGGCUGCGGUGAUGCCAGCGGCGCUGGCCGGGAGCGCCUGCCCGCCGACCAGCUGUGGUGGCCGCUAGAUGAAGGGCUCCAGGGCCUGCAGUCCGACAUGCAGCAAUCAGGCAUGCGCUUCCUCGCCGGCCCACUCGCGGCCGCCGGCGGCCUGCGGCGCGCGCUGCUGUGCAGCCUUGGUGUGCGCGCGGCGGGGGCGGCUGAGGUGGCGUCAAGGAUCGUGGACCUGCACGCGUGGGCGGACGGCGCAAGCAUCGCCGCGCCGCGGCGCGAGGCGCACCUGGCGUUUCUGUCGCAGCAUUUGGACACUCUCAAGGGACCGCUGCUGCAGUGCGCGCAGCGGUGGGUGCUGCUGCCGUCUGAGGGCGGCGGGUUCAAGCCCGCUGGGCAGCUCCACUGGCCGCUGCAUGGUGAUGAGGACCUGCAGCUGCAGCAGGACCUGGUCUCAGGCGGCGCUUUGUCCUUCCUCGAAUCGAACGAGGCUGGCCGCGGCGGCGGCGGGGGCAGGGGCGAAACGGCAGUGCAGAUGCGGUCUCUGCUGGCCCACUUGGGGGUCAAGUGGGCGGCGCCUCGAGUGCUGGUGACGGCAGUCGCCGAGCUGCACGCCUCUGGCGGUGCUGGUAUUGCAGAGAGCAGGCGGCACGCGCACGUGGCGUUCCUGGCCAGGCAACUGUCAGUCGUGGAGCGCGAGUCAGACAUGCGGGACGCUUUACAGCGUGCUCUGCUGCUGCCUGCCGCAGACGGCGGCCUCGCGCCGCCGGACAAGCUGUUCUUUCCGCUCGACAGCCGCUUCGAGGCGCUGCAGCCCGAUGUGCUCGCCGCCGGCACGCGGUUCCUUGGCGGCGGCUUCGCCGACGCCGGCGCCUCGGGCGCGGAGCGCGCACUGCUGCGGCUGCUGGGCGUGAGGGAGUCGGACGCCGCGGCAGUAGUGGCGGCGCUGGUCGACCUCCACGCCGAGCUGGGUCAGAUCGUCGACGCGCAGCAGCUGGAGAUGCAGGGGCGCCGCGGGCGGGUGCGGGGCCUGAUAAAGUCCAAGGGCUGGCCGCAGCUCCCGGAUGAUAUGCAGCCCUGGCUGGCGGCCGCCAGGUCAGCGGACGGCCAAGGCGAGGGCGCGGCCGACAGCUGUGUGGGGGGCGGCGCCGCGGCAGGCGGCGCCACGGGCGGUGCGGCAGGCGGCCGGCAGCUGGGGCAGGACGUGUCUUCCCUGGCGGCGGGGCUGGAGCGCCAGAGGGAGGCGCGGAUGCAGGCGCCGGCGGUGGUGACGGCGGAGCCUGACCCUGAGAACCUCGCUGUCGCAUCAGACAGCAGCAGCAAGGACUCCGCCACCGCACUGGAGGGGCCCCUUCUGGGGGCAGGAGCCGUCGUCCCUGCGCUGGCCCUGGCUGGCGCCACCAUCCAGCGCCAAGGCCGUCGCCGGCACCCGCGGCCGGCGCCCUCUGCGAGCUACGCACUCCCCGACGGCGAUGGCGGCGGCGGCGGCGUUUGGGAUGAGGCCGGCAGCGGCGCGAGCGGGGCAAGACCAGCUGCGGCCGAGCGCACCAGCGCCGGCAGGGCAUGCGUCUCUGACGCUCCCUGCGACCAGGACGACGACGCGGGCUCCGACACCGGCGGGGGCUAUCAGGAUGCGGCUGGCGGCGCAGGGGCCAGCUGGCAGAUCCACAGAGAGCCCUCCCGCAAUGGCCCAGCCCUCCGCGUUGCGGGCGGCGCCAGCGGUGCGCGCUCUCGCGGGCAGCCCGCGCGCUGGACAUUCAGCGGGCGCAGCGGCCGCGCCUCGGGCGGCGGCGGCAGCUCUUUUGCGGGCGCCCAGUCUUUCUCGACCGGAAGAGAAGUGCACCACAUGAGCAGCCAUAAGACGAGCUAUGCGCGCGGCUUUGUGCCAGCACCAGCCGCGGCGCCGCCGCUCGUGUGGGCCCAGGAGCCCGACAUUGAGCUGGACGAGCCGGCGGCAGACCAAGAGGCAAUCAUUGCGGCCGCCGCGCACGUGGUCAGCGCGGCGCGGGGCAGCGGCGGCUCUGGUGGCAGCCUGGCGCAGCUCGUCGUCUUGGGGGCCAGCGGCGGCGGCGGGGCGUCCUCGUGUGACCUGGACUUUGCGCACCUGCUGCCGCCACUGCCGCCGCCGCCUGCGGAGACCGCCGCGCCCGCUGCCGUCUCGGCGCUUGGGCUGGUGGCGUCCGCCGCCGCCGGCGCCACGGCGGUGUCCAUGGCGGCGGCCCCUGCGGCCGCUCCGCGCGCAGACCCCUAUGGUGGAGAGAGGGGCGGCCGCGGCCGCAGCGCCGGCGUUGAACAUGCCGCCGCCUCCGAUGGCGACGGCAGCGCCAGCUCUGAGAGCGCCGUCGCCUCCCUCGGCGGCGGGCGCGUGCAGCAGGAGGCGCCUCCCCGGCAGCUGCAGGUGCAGGCAGGCGAGCCCACGGCCCCCCUGCCGGGGUACUGCGUCGAGCAGACCCACGUCCGGGAGGUCACCCAGACGGUGACUCACGCGGUGACGCACACCGUCACGACGCGCGUCACCCCAGCCGCGGCGCCCGAGCCCGCGUGGCGCCCGCGGGCGCCCGCGCCGGGCCCGGUCCUGCGUAGCAUAUGGAGCGCACCGGACUGCAGCCAGAGGAACCAGCUGACCGGCGCCCUGGGGGAGCUCUUUGCAUUUGAGUGGCUGCGCGAGCGCCUGCCCGGCUUCGACAGCGACUGCUGGCGUUCCUGCAACCGCACCAUCGGCGGGCUGGCGGCGCCCAACGCGGAGAGCGUGGUCGACUUUUUCUACGUGGAUGCUGAGGGGGCGCUGACGGGGCGCCGGGGCGCCGCUUGCUGCAUCGAGGUCAAGAGCACCGCCAGGGCGGACGGCGGCGUCGCCGGCGACGCUUUCGUGCUGAGUCAGGCCCAGCUCGAGCUGGCCUACAGGCUGCGGGGCCGCGAGGACGCCGCGUUUGUGAUCGUGAGGGUGGUGGACGCGGGCGGCGGGCCCGGCAGCCGGCCGCUGGUGGCCAGGGUGAUUGUUGACCCGGCGGACAGGCUGGGCCGAGAGCUGCUGCUCAGCAACACCGGGGACGUGUGCGUCACGAUAGCCGGGUAG